CUGCAACUCCAGCACAAGCCAAGUGUCGACAACCGCCAUGGCCGAUCCGAUCCAACUUACGCUGCAGUUUAGCGGUGGCAUGGAGCUGCUGUUCGAUAACCAGAAGUCCGUGGACGUCACCCUGCCAGCGGAAUAUGUCUCGGGCCAAGCCACGAUGAAGGAGCUGAUUGCCUACGUUCGUGACAAUCUACUGGUUGAGCGGCCCGAGCUCUUCGUCCAAGGCGACUCUGUCCGCCCUGGAAUUCUGAUCCUGAUCAAUGAAGCCGACUGGGAGCUUGAGGGCGAGCUCGAGUACGUUCUCCAGAAUGGCGACACCAUCGUGUUCAUCUCGACGCUCCACGGCGGCUAAGCGGCCCCAGCACCGCAAACGAGAUGGCCCUGCCUGGGUCCCUGGUGGCUCUGUUCUGGAUCUGAAUACAGCGACGUCCUUCCGAUCUUGUCUAUCCAAGAACAUCACCGCCUGCCAAUACCCCGCAUAGCAGAUCGCAGUGGACGAAUCUCUGCCAGAAUCGCGGCGAUAGGGCAUGAUCGCAGCCUGCAGCCAUCGCCCAAGCAUUCGGCCAGUUGACUAGGACGCACCAUUCGCCACUGGAAUGGUUGG